UUUGAAGACCAACGGAACCUCUUAUUGCCUCGGGAGCUCGAAUCAAUCUAGUUUUACGCUAAUAUCUUCGCGAAUUGUUCAAAAUGCGUGGGAUUUUCCUGGUGUUUUCUGUCAUUCUGUGCCUUUGUGGAGUGCAAGGUGGGAAAUACCGAGUCAUCAAAUUAACAAGAGAUCCAGCUAUAAUACUAAGAAGAAGCAACACAACUAUUAGUAGCAACAACGUGCCCGAUGAGAACCGGAUAUUAAGCACUGGCUUUCUUCAGGCAUUGGCAAAUAUCAAGGGUGGCGGCACUGCCACGACUACCGCAGCACCCACUUUAACAGGAACCAUUACUGGUACCCUCACUGGAACGGGAACACCCACAGGUACAACUGGCACUGGCACGUAUACAAUCACCGGAACCGGAACUGGCACUGGUACUGGUACUUAUACUGAUACCGGUACUGGAACAGGAACUGGAACAGGAACUGGCACAGGAACAAUUACCGGCACUGGAACAGGAACAGGCAAUCGAUUUUCUUGGUUCCGGGUUACUAAAUCGAAGUCAAAAGACGGAAAGAAGCCAGAAAAUCAAAAAGGACAAAAAUUGAAAGAAACUCGCAAAGGACAGAAUUCUCAGAAAUCUCAGAAGAAGACGCAAGCAGGAAACAAACGAACGACCCAUAAACCUAAACGAGAACGAAAGCCAGAAUUAUUUUACGUAAGGAGACCUCGUGGCGAUUAAUGCAGAUUAUCUGAAGUAACCAGAAAUAAACAAAACCCGGACAAAAGUAAUUUAAUAUAGAAUUUUCAAUCUACAGAC